AUGACGUCGGAGGAUCCCGGCCAUCUACAAACUGAAGUAUGCAGUAAACUACAAGCCUUCAAACUAAUCCUGGAAGAGGUUCUCUCGUACCUCUCGAAGGCGUUGUGUCCGACACAUGGAGCCUGUCUCCCUCGCGAGGAACCUCACGCGCUUCUGUCCCUUCAGUGGGCCUUCUAUGCUUUGACAGACUCGAUUCGCCGAACUAUUAAUUGGGCUUUCCAGCAAUGGGGUGCUACGCCUGAAUCAAAUGUCCCCGUUCCACUCUCGGGGAUACCGAUCCAGGCGAAGGAAACCGCAGGUAGGCAGUCUGCGGUCGCGCGUGACGAUCAAGUCACCCGACCCUGGAGCCGUGCUAAGACCGCAUUCGUCGAACUCAGCAACAAGCUCAUCGACUACUGCGGACCGAGUCAGGUUGGCUCCAUCGAACCCGGCCCGAGUGAUAGCCUAUCCGAUGGGUUAGGCAACGAAGACACAUGUUCGGGCGGCAGUACGGUCGAUGAAGAUGCAGGUGAACGAAACGCAACCGGCGACAAGGUCGCGGGCGUGAACAGAGACUCGACCGACUGUGACCAAGGCGACCAACACACGUCUGUACCUCAGGACGAUGCAAGACGCUCUGGUUCUCUUAACUCGGCAGAACAUCUACGAAGCCUCGUCUUUUUGGGUCACAGAGUGCUAGUGUUCGUCCGACAAGAAACCCAGCUGCUCCUCGUCGAGGGCCAUGCAUAUUUGGUUCGUCUGAAGCGAAGCAUUGGUACUGCCCGUGUCAGUGCGCAUGCUUGGUUCAAGGGCCACCUUGUCAUCCCAAGGCGAGUGUAUUUUCCGUCGCAACUCCUGUCAUCUCACCUGUUGGGUCAUAGUUUGAUGUCCGUAUUCUUGGCAAUGACGGUACUCGCCAUUGUAUCGCGCACCUUCAGACACAUCCUUGCUGUCUGGAUGGAGGAGGAAGACUUCUUCAACGACGACGACUACUUUUAA